AUGGAUUCAACGAAUUUGCCUAUUAAAGAAUUUUUAGAAGUAUUAUUUGCCGCUAAAGCUAAUGCUUCAGCUGCUUUAGCUGCUAUUUUGCUAAUGAACUUUAAUGAAGGUAAAGCUAAAGAAUUUAGCAGUUUAACAAACAAAGAGCAUUAG